GCGGCGACCGUGCUCGGCCAUUGUUAUCGUGAUGCUGUCCUUCCGCCUACGGUCCGGCGUCCGCCCGUCCGUGGCUCUGCGCUACCGCGCCCGCAGCGACCGGCAAGGACUUGUUCCGGCGCUCUUCCGCGCCCACUCAUCGCUCCAUGCGCCGUCGGAGAAGGAGGCGCCGGCCGAGGCGAAGCCAGCGUCCAAGCUCUCCGAGUUUCGCCGGCUCAUGCAACUGUACGAGCCCGAGAAGAAGAACCUCGCCAUCUCGCUCUCUGCGCUCGGCCUCUCGACCGCAAUUACGAUGACCGUGCCGUUCGGCAUGGGCAAGAUCAUCGACGUCGUGACGCAACCAGGCGGCGUCGAGAUGCUGCCGACGGUCUCGGCCGCGCUUGGCGGUCUCUUCCUUGUUGGCGCCGCGACCAACGUCGUGCGCAUCAACAUGAUGAACAUGAUUGGCGAGCGCAUCUCCAACAAGCUGCGCCAAGACACGUACGCGUCGAUCUUGCGCCAAGACAUGACGUUCUUCGACAAGACCAAGACCGGCGAGCUCCUCAACCGCCUCAGCGCGGAUACCGCGCUUAUCGGCAAGGUGCUCAGUGACAACGUCUCGGGCGGCUUUCGCAGCAUUGGCCAAGGCAUUGGCAGCGUCACGAUGCUCUUUGUCACGUGCCCAAAGCUCGGCCUUGUCAUGCUGACGAUCGUCCCGCCGCUGGCGCUGGGGGCUGUCUCGUACGGCCGGUACGUCAAGAAGCUCACGGCCGAAGUGCAGAAGCAGCUCAGCGAUGCAACCGACCUCGCCGAAGAGCGCCUCAACAACAUUCGCGUUGUGCGCUGGUUUGCCAAGGAGGAGCACGAGACGACGGCGCACGAAGCCAAAAUUGCUGGCAUUCUGAACCUCGCGCAGAAGCGGUCGCUCGCGAGCUCGACGUUCUUUGGCGCGGUGGACUUUUCCGUCAAGAUGAGCAUGCUCGCGGUGCUCGGCUACGGCGGCUCCAUGGUCGCCGAGGAGGCACUCACGGUCGGCGAGCUCAGCUCGUUCUUGAUGUACACGCUCUACGUGGGCUUUUCGUUUGCCGGCGUCUCGUCCUUCUACUCAGACAUCAUGAAGGGCAUUGGCGCGUCCACGCGUGUCUUUGAGCUCGUGGACCGGGCGCCGCAGGUGAUUACGGCGGUGUCGCCCGAGCCGUUGCCGACCAACCUCCAAGGCAACAUUGAGUUUCAAAAUGUCUCGUUUCACUAUCCCGCGCGCCCCGAGGCCCAGAUUUUCGAGAAGCUGAAUCUCACAGUCCGGCCGCACGAGACGCUUGCGGUCGUCGGGCCGAGCGGCUGCGGCAAGAGCACCGUCAUGGCGCUCCUCGCCCGCUUCUACGAGCUCAACGGCGCGGGGUGCGGUGGCCGCAUCUUGAUUGACGGCGUCGACGUUGCCAACAUGGACCCGCUCGCACUCCGCAGCAUCAUUGGCACAGUGAGCCAAGAGCCGCCGCUCUUUGGCGCGACGAUUGCUGAAAACAUUGCUUAUGGCUUGACGGCCGACGACGACGUGUCACUCGACCGCAUCAUCGAGGCGGCCAAGCAAGCAAAUGCGCACGACUUUAUCAUGUCGCUGCCCAACCAGUACGACACGCACGUCGGCAGCAAGGGCUUGUCGCUCUCGGGCGGCCAAAAGCAGCGCGUCGCGAUCGCGCGGGCGCUCGUCAAGAACCCGCGCAUUCUGCUCAUGGACGAAGCCACGUCGGCGCUGGACCAGGAGAGCGAACGGCUCGUCCAAGACGCGAUCGACAAGGCCAAGAUGGACCGCACUGUCAUCUUGAUUUCGCACCGCCUCUCGAGCAUUCGCAGCGCGGACCGCAUUGCCGUCAUCUCGGGCGGUCGCGUCGUCGAAGAGGGCACGUUUACGGAGCUCGCGCAGCACCACGACAGUGUGUUCACCCAAGUCGUCUUGCGCGGUGGCAACGACCUCGAGUCGCUCUCGUAGACGACAACUUGUACAUAAACAGGCGACAUAGACGCACAAGCUUUCCACUUGCAGGCUCUUGGAGCAUCCCUCACGACUGUAUCAAGUUGAAAUAUGGAUAUUACUGCGGUA